CGCUCGCCCGGCAGGUCGCCACCUGCGAGGACCGCGCCAUGGAGGCCUACGUGCGUGGAGGGCUCGCCCGCUUCCUGCGCUCCGGCGGCGACGAGGACGCGCGGUGGGCGCUCGCCCGGCAGAUCGCCACCUGCGAGGACCGCGCCAUGGAGGCCUACGUGCGCGGGCUCGCCCGCUUCCUCCGCUCCCCCGAGCGCUACCCGGCCGCUAGGUCCCUCAGGCUCGAGUUCUUCCUCGCGCCGCCGCCGCCGGAGGACCACGACGGCGCCGCCGGGAGCGCCAUGGCGGAGUGCCUCGCUUCCGCCUUCCGCUGGCCCUCCCUUGAGCGCCUGGCCGUCUACGCCUUCCCGCGCGGCGCGGCGGCGGGCGGGGACGAGACCAAGCAGCCCGCGCACGUGUUCCCGGACCCGGAGCCCGUCCGGGCGCUGCUGACGGCGAGCCGCGUCGGGACCCUGCACGUCAAGAUCGAACUGCCUGGCGCAGAGCGGGCGCGGCUACGGGCUGCUGUUCCCCGUCCUGACGAGGCUCACCGUCGAGAUCACGCCGCGUGUCAAGGCCGACUUCCCGCGAUCCUACUUCAACGACCUCGUGCUGUCGUGCCGGGAACUCGUGUUCCUGCGCCUCGUGUCGUGCUACGUCGCCGGCUCCGCCCCGUUCGUGGUGGAUCUGCCGCCGUCGUCGAAGCUCCGUGAGCUGAUCUUGGAGAUCUGCAGCUUCGAAGAUCUCAGGCUCGUCAGCGCUCUGAGCCUGGAGAGGCUGGUCGUCGAGAGGUGCAAUGUGCUCUCGUCCCUUACUGUGGGGAUCGCUCCGAGGUUCGCGACCAUGGUGUGGCACGGCGUGCCGCCACAGAUUUAUGGUGGUGGCACGGCGAGCCUCUGGUUCGUGGAGCUGAGAGACUGGGAUCGUUACAGCUGGGUAUCCGAGAAGAAGCUAGCAUCCUUCUUCCUGAGCCUUCCAAAGGUCGAAGUGCUGGAAUUACGCUUCCGGGAUCCUCCACAGUUUUGGGUUCAUCCCACCUCUUUGCCGAGUAGAUUUGAGAAUCUCAAGAAGUUACUGAUAGACCUUCCAAGGGUGUGGCCGCUCCAUCGGAUCAAGAAAUUACUGGCAAAGUUACUGGAAGUUGCAACAUGCUUGGAGAAGCUUCACAUCCACUUUUUUGCAUUGUCAUCGGGGACAUCAGAAGAAUGGGACACGGGUACUUUCCAUGACGACUCUGCAGAUGAUUUUCAGCACACUUUCCUGAGGCAGAUUGUGAUGGAUAGAUUUGAAGGGACGAAAGAUCAAAUCGCACUGAUUAGGCUUUUAUUGAGUUCAUGCGGGGCUCUGAAAACCCUCCUCUUAAUUCGACACCGUGCUUUGCUAGAGGUAAAUAAGCUGGGCCGGCAGGGAGGCAUUGCAUGCCCUUCAUGGUUGAUGGAAGACAAGAAAGCUGAAUUCGUCUCUCGGCUCAGAGAUGGGAUUUGCUCGCAUGCCGAAAUCGUUUUGAAAUAAAAAGGAGGCAUGUGAUUUUUUGUAUAUAUUUGUCCUUAGAUCACCCCUUUUCAUGGAAAUCUUCAUAAUCGCAAGCUGGCGAAUUUCAAAAAUGUGGAAUGGUAGGUCUGAAUCUCAGCUGUCAUCUUUGGGUCGUGAGAUUGAGCAAGCUGCCCUCCAUGUGCACAGGAUCAAGGAGGGCCUUGGACCAUCAAUUUCCCAAUGGCAAGAAAAAAAUGUUUAA